AUGGCACCCAAUCUUCCGAAAGACUAUAAGGUCGCCAUCUUCGAGAAGAAAGGCGAGCCUUUGACCUUCAAACAGGUGCCGCUUGAGCUGCCCAAGUCAGGGGAGGUUCUCGUCAAAGUGCUGGCGUGUGGUAUCUGCCAUUCGGACGCCGCAGUACAGCACGGCGUGUUCGGAAAUUCGUUUCCGAUUAUCCCCGGCCACGAAAUCAUUGGCGAUGUCGUUGCAGUACCAGACACAGAGAAGCGUUGGAAAGAGGGAGACCGUGUAGGAGGUCCCUGGCAUGGUGGUCACGAUGGAACCUGCAAAGCAUGUCAACGCGGGUUGUUCCAGAUGUGUGACAAUGAGUUGAUCAACGGCGUCACCAAAUCUGGAGGAUUCGCGGAAUACGUGACGCUGAGAACAGAGGCAGUCGUGUCUGUCCCUGAUGAUGUUGAUCCCGCCGAAUUCUGCCCACUGCUCUGCGCAGGAGUCACUGUCUUCAACGGUCUGCGACGCCAGAACGUUCUUCCAGGAUCCGUGGUCGCCGUUCAAGGCCUAGGUGGUCUUGGCCAUCUUGCACUGCAAUAUACCAGCAAGAUGGGAUACAGAACGGUCGCCAUCUCCUCGAGCUCGGCUAAGAAGGAUUUCGCCAUGCAACUCGGCGCGCACGACUAUAUCGACGCUUCCAAGGGCGACAUUGCUGCACAACUCCAGGCGCUGGGCGGAGCGGCGUGCGUCAUUUUCACCGCGCCAAACCAGGAACUCAUCCCUCCGUUGCUUCAGGGCCUGGGCCCGAUGGGCAAGAUCCUGGUGCUGGCCGCAUCUGCCCCUGUCGAGAUCAACACGGCUUCCAUGAUCCAGAAAGGAUUGAGCAUCUCCGCCUGGCCGAGCGGGCAUGCUUUGGACAGUGAAGAAGCCAUUGAAUUUGCCCGUGUGCACAACGUCAAUGUCAUGAUUGAGAAAUUCCCUCUGGAAAAGGCGAAUGAAGGGUUGGAGAAGAUGGUCAGUGGUAAGGUUAGAUUCCGAGGCGUGCUGAUCCCAUAA